AGAGGGGCAGGAUCACCUCCCUGACCUGCUGGCCACACUUCUUUUGAUGCAGCCCAGGAUACGGUUGGCUUUCUGGGCUGCGUGGGCACACUGCUGCCUCAUGUCCAGCUUGCCAUCCACCAGUACUCUUGAGACUGUUCUAAUCACACUUGAUUGAAAAUAUGUUUUAAAGCUUAAAUCAGUCUGCUUCUUCCUUUAACUUCACGAUUCAAUGCAUCCUUUGAAAAACCUCAAAUUCUGUAAGACCCUAAAUUUACCUGGGCUUGCUUUUCAUGAAAGUUUACUUUUGGAUACAAGGAAAAAGUCUUUUGUGAUGAGGGUGGUGAGACGCUGGAACAGGUUGCCCAGAGAAGUGGCUGAUGCCCUGUCCCUGGAAAAUUUCAAGAUUAUUUUCCAAUUGAUCCAAUCCAGGAAAAUUAUGUCCGUAAUGUGAGAAACUGCAUUUUUUCAAUUGUCUAUCCCACACCUUUUAAAUCCAGAGUUCUUCUUGUGGCUGUUUCACAAGUUGGUAUUAUUUUGGUUCCUCUCCAGUUAAUAACAACUGUUAAAAUAUAUCUUAAAAUACAUUUUAAUAUUCAUAAGCUGUUUAUUGUUAAGGUGUCCAUAUAUACUUUAAACAAAUAGAACAUUUAAAACAUAUUGUGAGAUGUCUUCUGAUAACAUUUAGAAAGCACAUUUUUUAUCACUGGAAUUUUGAUCGUAUUCAAGUACCAUAUGUAUUAUAUUUUUCUCCAGGAGGUUAUUGAAGAUAUUUUGGAUCUUCAUAUAUCUGUCAAAGAAACAUCUGAUUUUCUUCAGUUUGUCAGCGGUGAGAAAAUGUUACAUGGGUCUGUUCCAUUGGCCCAUAGGUACGGAGGUCAUCAGUUUGGCAGCUGGGCAGGUCAGCUGGGUGAUGGAAGAGCCCACUUGGUUGGAGUGUAUACAAACAGGCGUGGUGAGAGAUGGGAACUACAGCUGAAGGGCUCAGGAAAGACCCCAUACUCCCGGAAUGGUGAUGGAAGAGCUGUUCUUCGCUCUUCUGUGCGAGAAUUUCUGUGUAGUGAAGCUAUGCACUAUCUUGGAAUUCCAACAAGCAGAGCUGCUAGCUUAGUUGCAAGUGACGAUGAUGUGUGGAGAGACCAGUUUUACAAUGGAAAUAUUAAUAAAGAGAGAGGUGCAGUAGUACUCCGUCUUGCCAAAUCGUGGUUUCGUAUUGGAUCCUUAGAAAUCUUGGCUCAUUCUGGGGAACUGGACUUACUAAGGAGAUUGCUGGACUUUAUCAUCCAGGAACAUUUUCCAUCAGUAGUCCCCAAUGAUUCAGAUAGGUAUCUGGGAUUUUUCUCUACAGUUGUAUCAGAGACUGCAAAUCUGAUUGCGUUGUGGAUGUCUGUGGGUUUUGCACAUGGUGUGUGCAAUACAGAUAACUUCAGCUUGUUAUCCAUAACAAUAGAUUAUGGUCCGUUUGGAUUUAUGGACUCCUAUGACCCAAAUUUUGUUCCAAACACGUCUGAUGAUGAAGGGAGGUAUAAGAUAGGAAACCAGGCAAAUGUUGGGCUGUUUAAUCUGAACAAGCUGUUACAAGCUCUGAAACCUUUAUUGGAUCCCAGGCAAAAACAGCUAGCUUCCCAGAUUUUAGAAGAGUAUGGUGAAAGCUAUUAUGCCCGUUUUACAGCGUUGUUCAAAGCAAAACUGGGGCUUCUUGGGGACAGUGAGGAUGAUAACUAUUUGAUUGCUUUUCUUCUAAAGCUCAUGGAAGAUACAAAGGCUGACUUCACAAUGACAUUUCGACAGCUCAGUGAAAUUACUGCAGACCAAUUAAAGGAACUUCAUAUUCCUGAGGAGUUCUGGGCGCUGCAGGACCUGGGAAAACACAGGUUGUUUUCAGAAUGGGUUGCUAUGUACCUCUCACGAUUAGAUGGGAACAAGGGUGAUUCAGACAUCAAGAGAAGAAGAAGAAUGACAACUGUUAAUCCCAGAUACGUGCUGAGGAAUUGGAUGGCGGAAUCGGCAGUGCAGAAAGCUAACUUGAAUGAUUUUUCAGAGGUUCACCUCCUGCAGCAGGUCUUACAGCGUCCCUUCCAGAGGCAGCAGGCUGCAGAGAAAGCUGGCUACGCCCUGCGCCCUCCACCUUGGGCCAGGGGUCUUAAAGUAAGCUGCUCGUCCUGAGGGAAACUCGAGCAAGCAGAAGAACUGCUGGAGCUCAGACCUUCUGAUGGCAGUGAGGAAGCAAGCCUCACCAAGGGAGGUUCUCUCCCUUACGUGUUGUGGACUGGAAUCUGCUGCUCUGCUAGACAAGUUCUUGGGCAACUUUAUAAAGUCUAAAGAUUAAAGAAAUGGACCGCUAUGUAUGUUUGCGUCAACAAAUUACAUCAGCAUUUGUGACUGGCUUGGGAGCGACUUGCCCCGAAGUACGUCUUGGUGUCUUCACCAGAGACAGGUGUGUGCUAAGGCUGCCUCUCUGUUCUCGUUCUCAGUCCCUCAAUUCGUUCUUUGUAUUAGAAAGAUUAUAGGUGCAUGGAUAUCAUGACUCAGGGAAUUUUCACAGGUGGCACGUGGAAAUGGGCUUCCAUGCAAGUAUCACCAUGUAUGUAUUCUCAGGUCAGUAAACCUUUUGUAUUCAGCCUCCUGAAGGUCUGACAAAGGUAUUUCCAAGCUGUUACUUUGUAGCAUACCUUGGAUUGUAACCAAGUAGGGCUCAUCCUUGAUUUUAGUCCAGGGUCUUAGUUUGACAUUCCAAUUCCAGAUCAUGAAACUUGGUGUAUAAUUAAAAUAAAAUUAAUACUUAAGCAGUCAGGUGCAAUAUUAUGCUACAAAGCUUAUAGCAAAAUUCACUUAUGGGGCUUUGUUACUUCUUGAUGCUACCUCAGCUCUUUCCAGAUCCAAAAUGGAUUGUUUUAGAAUCUCCACGUGUCCUGAGUGCCACUUGCAUCUGAAAUGGAGGCUAAGUGCUAAGAUUAGCAAUUCAUAAAUCUGUUUCUAUAUAGGUAUAAUUAGCCAGGGGAAAGUAUAUUAUUAGAAGUCUUCCACUGACUGAAAAAAAAACCAUGAAUGCAUUUGCUUCUUAAAUACAAUCAACGUAAGUUAUUUGGGAUGUUUUUUUCCUCGGAUAUACGGCUGCUCAGACUGAGUUAACUCCUUUUGCAAGCAGUAAGAGCUCCUGUGCAGCCACUGGGAUGGGCAGUUGAGGCAGCACCGCCCCAGGUAAGAGCAGUGGGCUGGGGGGGCUUCUGUAGAAGCCCUGCUGCGGCUGGAGGUAUUCACGGCCAGUGGGAACACUGCUGCUGAUACCUGUUCUCCAGUAAUUUGAGAGCAGCAUGUUUUGGUGAAAUGUUCUCUUGACUAUUCCUCUUUCAUAAAAAUCAGUGCUGACUGUUGCAGGUAAUCACGCUGCCUUAGGGUUUUUUGCAAGACCAUGACAAUUUGUAAGUCUUCACUGUGCUGAAUCUCUUCUGUUCUGCUUGUCUCUCUCAAAGAGAAUGCGUGUUUCCAGUUAGUAUGAGGCUGUUAAUAGUAACACAUAAAUAAGAGUUUUCUCCUGUACUUUUUCACUGAGAGGGCGUUGAGGCCCUGGCACUGCUGCCCAGAGAAGCUGUGGGUGCCCCACCCCUGGAGGAGCUCAAGGCCAGGUUGGAUGGGGCCCUGGGCAGCUGCAUCUGCUGGGGAGCAGCCCUGCCCACGGGCAGGGGUGGAACUGGAUGGGCUUUACAGUCCUGUCCAACCCAACCAUUCUGUGAUUUUCUGGUUGGUUCUAUGAGGCUUUUGCCACAUCAUCCUCUUAAGUUUCUACUUUUUCUAAAAAUGUGUGGAAAAGAAUACUUGAAAAACACAUGAAAUUAUCUCAACACUAUCAAGGAGAAGUGAGUCCACGUCUUGCUCAAUAUUUUGUACCACCUCACUUUCUAUUUCUGGGUUAAUCAUGAUGGUCAAUGACUACAGUGUAAGCAUUAAUACAGUGUUUCAUGAUGUA